AUGCAACUUGCUUCUGUAGCUAGAGGUUCAAAUCUGUUUUUGCCGAACCUGUUGUCAAUUAUAAUAUAUGGCUUAAGUGUAUUAGAUUUAUUUAGUGAAAUCUCUAUAUGUGUUAAAAAAAGAGCUGGGUUUUUGUGUUUCUCUCUCUUUCUAGACCCUCGUUUGAAGGAUUACCUUCUAAUGGGGAGUCCAGUCAGUAUGUCUGCUAUUCUACUUGCUUAUCUUUUCUUCGCACUGUACGCUGGCCCUAAGUUUAUGGCCAACCGCAAACCCUUCCAGCUGAAAGAAGCGAUGAUCAUCUACAACCUGUCCUUGGUUGGCCUGUCUGCAUAUAUCGUAUAUGAGUUCUUCAUGUCGGGGUGGGCGACGGGAUACACGUGGAGAUGUGACCCAUGUGAUUAUUCAAACAGCCCUCAAGGACUCCGAAUGACAAGAGUUGCCUGGUUAUUCCUGUUUUCAAAGUUCAUUGAGCUUAUGGAUACGGUGUUCUUUGUGCUGCGUAAGAAACACGGUCAGAUCACCUUCCUGCACAUCUUCCACCAUUCCUUCAUGCCCUGGACGUGGUGGUGGGGCGUGAGCUACGCACCAGGUGGAAUGGGCUCCUUCCAUGCCAUGAUCAACUCCUGUGUCCAUGUGAUCAUGUACUUCUACUACGGCCUUUCUGCUGCAGGACCUCGCUUCCAGAAGUUCCUCUGGUGGAAGAAAUAUAUGACUGCAAUUCAGCUGAUUCAGUUUGUGUUAGUGUCUCUUCACGUAACCCAGUGGUACUUCAUGGAGAGCUGCGACUACCAGGUGCCUCUGUUCAUCCACCUCAUCUGGAUGUAUGGGACCUUCUUCUUCGUGCUGUUCUCUAACUUCUGGUACCAGGCGUAUGUGAAGGGCAAGAGGCUACCGAAGAACACCGAACAGCGCACCCAGAACGGCACGGCCAACGGAUCCAGCGCAGUCGCCAACGGCUCGUCGGUUUCAAACGGCCACGGAGUGCAUGAAAAUGGCCUGAGCAAUGGGAAGAAACACCACGAGAACGGAAGCACUCUCAACGGCAAGAUGAAGAAAUCCUGAGAGCUCAGGAAGAGAAGACCCAAAACAGAUGACCAGGAGAACCUUCACGAAGCACUAUGGAGUCCAAAGAAUGUUUUGGGACUUUUCGUUUUCAACAAUUUUUUUUUUUUUUUAUAUAUAUGUACAUUGCGUAAGUACAUGGGGAUAUGAAUGUAUUUGACCCCGUUUGUAUUUUUUUUUUUUUUGUCAAAUUAAUCUAAAGAAUACUUGUUGAGCACAAUGUAUGAAGAGAAGAGGAAGAGUACUAACUGGAUCCAUCCUCCGCUGAUGUUGCUCAUGACAUUCAUCUCAACAGAAUGAAUUCACAAAUGGGCACACACACACCUGUGUGUUUCAUACAUCCCCCCCCAAAGCAGACUCUGUAAAGUCAACAUCAGUAAACUUGAAUUACACCUGUAAAUAGUUGGACAUUAUAAACUAACGCGAUUGAUACGGUAAAAAAAUUGUUACUCUUGAAU